AUGUCAAGUCGAAAUAGAGAACCGGUUAACUAUGCAGAUCUUGAAGAUGAAAACUUUUCAGAUGAAGACGUGUAUGUGAGCAACAAGACAGGUGCCAAGGAUAACGAUGAUGAUGAGUAUAAUACGCCAUCACAGAAAUCAAGAAAAUCAACUGGGAAUAAUUCCAAAAAGCGUAAAGCUCAGGAGUCAGUGGAUUCAUUAAAACAGAAUUUAGAUGAAACAAAUUACUCCGAUAACGAAUUAAUAGAAUUAACUCCUGAUGUACCAGCAGAUUAUAUUCCUGAUGCGGUUUCCAAAAAUUUUGGCAAAGGUGAUUUUUCAUAUUUGAAACUAAAACCAGACCAUUUUUCAAGACCAAUAUGGAUAUCACCGAAUGAUGGAAGAAUCAUUUUAGAAUCAUUUUCGCCCUUGGCAGAACAAGCACAAGAUUUUUUAAUCACUAUUGCUGAACCAAUAUCUAGACCUAGUCAUAUCCACGAAUAUCGAAUAACAGCAUACUCUUUGUAUGCCGCCGUUUCUGUGGGGUUGGAAACUGAUGAUAUCAUACUGGUUUUGAAUCGAUUGUCAAAAGUCCCGGUUGCGGAAUCAAUUAUAAAUUUCAUCAAAGCAGCAACGGUGUCGUAUGGUAAAGUAAAAUUGGUUUUAAAACAUAAUAGAUAUUUUGUUGAAAGUACACAAGCUGAUAUCUUGCAGAUGUUGUUAAAGGAUCCUGUUAUUGGACCGUUACGUAUCCAGUCUUCAGAAAAUAUCGUCACCAGUAAUGGAUUGAUUACUUCGGCAUCAGAACCCUCUAACAUAGUUAUACCGGGGACUAAGAAAAACGAUUCUACAAAGGAAGACCCUGCAAACAAUGGAGCAGAGGAUAUAUUUGCAUCAGUUGUUGGCAAUAGAGAUGAUGACGAUGACAUGGAUACUAUACAUUCGUUUGAAAUAGCACACGAUUCUGUGGAAAUCGUAAAACGUAGAUGUCAAGAUAUUGAGUAUCCGGUUCUAGAGGAGUAUGAUUUCCGUCAUGAUGCAAGAAAUCCAGAUUUGGAAAUUGACUUGAAACCAUCAACCCAAAUUAGACCAUAUCAAGAAAAGUCAUUGUCAAAGAUGUUUGGUAAUGGUCGUGCUAGAUCAGGGAUUAUUGUUUUACCUUGUGGGGCGGGGAAGACUUUGGUGGGGAUCACUGCCGCUUGUACUAUCAGAAAAUCUGUUAUUGUGUUGUGUACGUCAUCAGUCUCGGUCAUGCAAUGGAGACAACAAUUUUUGCAAUGGUGUACUAUCCAACCAGAAAACGUAGCUGUCUUCACCUCGGAGAAUAAAGAAAUGUUUGCUAGUGAAUCUGGGUUGGUGGUGUCGACAUAUUCAAUGGUGGCAAACACACGUAAUAGAUCACAUGAUUCGCAGAAAGUUAUGGACUUUUUGCGUUCAAGAGAAUGGGGGUUCAUUAUUUUAGAUGAAGUGCACGUUGUGCCAGCUCAGAUGUUUAGAAGAGUGGUUACGACAAUUGCUGCCCACGCCAAGUUGGGAUUGACUGCCACUUUGGUGCGUGAAGAUGAUAAAAUUGAUGACUUGAACUUUUUAAUUGGUCCCAAAUUGUAUGAAGCCAAUUGGAUGGAUUUGGCCCAAAAGGGUCAUAUUGCCAAUGUUCAAUGUGCUGAAGUUUGGUGUCCUAUGACAGCAGAAUUUUAUCAAGAAUAUCUUCGAGAAAAUGCCAGAAAACGUAUGCUUUUGUACAUUAUGAAUCCAACUAAAUUUCAAGCGUGUCAAUUUUUAAUUCAUUAUCACGAAAAAAGAGGAGAUAAGAUUAUUGUGUUUAGUGAUAAUGUUUAUGCGUUACAGGAGUAUGCAUUGAGGUUGGGUAAACCAUUUAUUUAUGGGUCUACUCCGCAACAAGAAAGAAUGAAAAUUUUACAGAAUUUCCAACAUAAUGAUCAAAUCAAUACUAUAUUCCUUUCUAAAGUUGGUGAUACCUCAAUUGAUUUACCGGAAGCUACAUGUUUAAUUCAGAUUUCCUCACAUUAUGGGUCAAGAAGACAAGAAGCACAAAGAUUGGGUAGAAUUUUAAGAGCUAAAAGACGUAAUGAUGAAGGUUUUAAUGCAUUUUUCUAUUCAUUAGUUUCAAAAGACACUCAAGAAAUGUAUUAUUCAACUAAGAGACAGGCGUUUUUGGUGGAUCAAGGUUACGCUUUUAAAGUUAUUACACAUUUAAGUGGUAUGGAACAAUUGCCUGAUUUGGCUUACUCAUCUGCUCGUGAAAGAAGGGAGUUGUUACAACAAGUAUUGUUGAAGAAUGAAGAUGCAGCAGGGUUGGAGAUUGGGGAUGAUGCUGAUACCAAUUUUAUUUCUAAAGAAAAGAGAAUGCGUUUAGAACAAGAACGAAAUGGUGGUGGUGCAACUUAUUCAUCUGGUUCAUUGGCAGGAUUGGCUGGUGGUGAAGAUAUGGCUUAUAUUGAGUAUGGUAAGAAUAAGAAUAAAGAAUUGAGAGAAUCUCAUCAUCCAUUGAUUCAAAAAAUGUAUUACAAACAAAAUAAAGCCAAAAAAUGA